AUGGCCUCAACCCUAAAUAUCCUCUGCGGUAUAUGCAGUGAAUUCUAUACAGCUCGUGAUAAUAUUUAUGUGACCCGCUGUGGACAUGUAUUUCAUCAGCAAUGUCUAUUUCAUUGGUUAAGGGUUUCGACGACCUGCCCCCAGUGUCGUGAUCCUUGUUUGCGACAUCGUUGUCGCAAAAUAUAUCUAAAUUUUCAACCUCUGAAUGAAUCGGUUACAAUGGAACCACCUCCUCCUCCUGUGCAAAACAAUGUCUUCAGCGGUUAUGAUUGGCUAACCAUAGAUCGUGAUAUGGAUGAAGAAAUAGUGAAAAGUUUUGGUCUACACUAUGGUACCGACGAAGAUGGCAAUGAUAUAUAUGCUGCACGCGGUUACUACAACAAUGAUUUAAUACCUGCCUAUUAUUGUCCUCGUAAAAAUGGUGUAUAUGCUGCAUGGGGUUUCAAAUCACAAUUCCUAACAAGUAAUAUUGAAAUAUUGGAUAUAAGCUGUGAUAACGACGCUGAGUAUAAAUGGGUUGCAGCAUCUGAGGGUGAACUACCAGAAAAUGCUUUGGUAGCGGGACACACUUCGUAUAGUGAACCAUUGUAUAUAGCACGUGCUGUGCACGAGGGAAAGACUUUAUAUGGCAAGCUACAUCGUCAAUAUAAAAUGGCCUAUAUGCCAUUUGGUGAUGCCGAAGUGUUUAAUACCCAAUAUGAGGUAUUGGUGAGAAUACCGAAAACGACGGAUAAUACACAGUGA